CACCAUCAGCACCACCACCUACAUCGUCCAAACACCAAACAAUCCCUCCCUAACAAUUGACGGCACCCAAUCACUCCCUCCACGAUCUUUUCGCCUCUUCUCCCGGCGCUUACAUGCACACUUGAGCUUGUCGACUGUUGCGCUUUUAACUCGUCCGGGGCUUUUGCAGGAGCACGAACGACCGAACCUCUUACACUUCUCGUUAGACCCGUCUGCGCGAUUCCACACCUUUUUCACCCUCAUUUCUCACGCCGCCGUUUACGGCUGGCCUGUCAGCGGUCCCCAAGUGUUCUCCCCUGAUCCUCAUGGCUUGAGGCCAGAAUCUUAGGUUCCUCAUGCCGCCGAACAGUCGUUUCCCGAUAUGUCGACCCUGAGCGAAGCAACCUCCCGCUCACCCCAGAUCCGUUUGAGCCCAUCAGCCGCCACUGUUUCGUCCCCUUCACCGACUGAUCCUCAAACCUACGUCUCGAACUCCCGCAGGCCUGCCCAGAAUGUCCUUGGGAACAAUCUGAUUCCUCGAGACUAUCUGAGCUCGAGACCUGGUCCUGGUCCUGGUCAAUCAAGAUACUCCGAGGACACUCCCACUCCCACCCCUCAGCAGAUGAGUACUGGCUCUGAUGCGGCGAUAAAGAGUGCUCCAAUAAACAUACCGCAGGGUAAACCUGCUCUAGCACGCGGCGAGGCCGGCAGCAUUGGUACAAGCAAGUCGGGAUUGGGUGCAAGUCCCUCUUCGAGCCUCACCGAGUCGAGAGACAACGAGCCACCUCCCCUGUCCGAAUCACCAAAGUCGUAUGGUUCGCUCCAAACGAGCGCACCGCCCGUGACGAACAUGCCUCGCACGUCCUCGAUAGAUUCGGCCAUCUCGAACAUCUCCACGCAGUCGCACGUUCAGAAGCAACCAACAGAUACGAAGGAACCGUCUAGGGAAGAAGUCCUGAACCUAAUUGCCACAGCUGGCUCAGCGGAGACUCUUGUUCUGCAUCUCUUGAGGGACAAGAACCAUGCUGCUGCACAGAAUGCGCAAUUAUGGAAACUAGUGGACAAACAAAGAACUCUGCUUUUGGGCUUGAACAAGGACUUAGAGCGUGUAACGAAGGAAAGGGACCGUUACAGGAAGAAAGUCAAGGAAUUACAAUCUCAGACACCAGCUGUUCCCGCGGUGAGCGUCCGGCCGGAUGACGGUGAAUCACCACGAUCAGAUGGCGAUGUGUCAAGCACUUCGAGGGACAUGAGCACAAUAUCAGCGUCCGAGUCGAAACUCAGAGCUGAACAUCAAACGCCUAGCAAACAUGGGACGGUACAAACACAGAGCUCACCGAUAGACCCAGCCAUGAUGCCUCCUCCUCUUCACCUACAGCAGGCGCCGAAAAUCCAGAGUCUUGUCACAGACAUUGUACAGCCUGUCUUUGCAGUGACCGAGGCGACACCGCUCUCAGACAAGGCUCCAAAGUCUUUUCAAGCGUCUAGGAAAGCUCCACCAAGACCUCUUGACCUACGUCCUACAAAAGAAGAACUCGCGAGUACCGAGGUGGUCGUCAGCGAUGGCGAUGAUGACGAAGUACGACUACCCAUGGAGCGCGGAAGGCGGAAGACACGAGAGGAAGACGAUCGCGAACGUGAGCUCCUUGUCAUCAAAGAACAGGAAGCCAGAAGCCGCUCUAAAAAGGACAAGGAGAAGAAGGGCAAAGACGAGACAACAGAGGUAGUGCUGGAUGACAUGCCUCUUCCCCCGCCAGCCCAUUCGCCGCCAGCAGUGCCCAGACAGGCUCAACCAAGCGAAACCAAAAUGCAAGACCACCUCUCGCCCUCAUCAACACUUUCAGCUGUUUCAUCAACUCAGCUGUCUGUCCCUCUACGAAGCCCCGGGCUUCCGACCAGCCCGCGACCGUUUCCUUCUAUGGGAGCUACGCUUCCAAUGUCGCCACGAGCGCCAAAGAACAAUUUCCCAUUGUCUCCUAGAGCACCUAAGCAAGCUCUCCCGAACCCUACCACACCGGGUCAGGAGACACCAGCCCCUGGCAGUCACAAGAAGGUCGCCCCGUCGCAACUCUCGAAGAUGGACACAAAUUCCGCCAAGGAUGACAUGGGCCGACUUCAAGUGCACGAGUCUCCCCUGAGCCCGGACGAAGCCCCUCCUGUGAGUCGCUCACUUGUCAGCCCAACCUGGCCUGACUUCUUAUUGCCUCCCAACGCUCUUCCCUCGAUCCAAAUCAAGGUGGCAUCUUCGCGACUACGGCCCUCUAGGAAUAGCAUUCUCGGGGUGAAAGGAACGGAGGAAGCUUCCGUAUUUAGCCUUUCCAUUUUCGAACGAGCGACUACAGCAGAGCUCUGGCGGGUUGAGAAAGUACCAACGUCGCUCCCAAGCCUGGACCAGCAGCUUCGCCCACGUUGCGCAGAUUUGCCAAAAAUCCCAGAACGGAAAUUGUUCUCUGGUCACUCUCCAGUCAUAAUUGAUUCACGGAGAGCUGCGAUAGAAUCAUACUUUGAAGAGCUCCUGGACACACCAAUGGACGAGCAAGCUGCUGCAGUAAUAUGUAAAUAUCUAUCUACGGAUGUGAUGGAUUCGCAACUUAAUUUGCCAAUUCAGAAGAGCGAAGAGUCACAGAACAAGACAAAGCCGCCACCGAGUGCAGGCAUCCCAACGAAGUCUGGGUACUUGACCAAGAAAGGCAAAAAUUUCGGAGGGUGGAAAUCAAGAUACUUCGUGCUGGAUAGUCCCGAGCUGAGGUACUUUGAGGCACCAGGCGGCGCCCAUUUAGGGACUAUCAAAUUGCUCAAUGCACGCAUUGGGCGACAGACACAGACGGAUCCUGCGGCAAACGCCGAAGUUGACACGGAGAACCAGUAUCGGCAUGCUUUCCUGAUUCUUGAGCCCAAGCGGAAAGACAACAGCAGCUAUGUUCGUCAUGUUCUCUGUGCGGAAAAUGAUUUCGAAAGAGAUGAAUGGGUCGAGACUCUUCUUCAUUACAUCGAUGAGAGACCUGCAGAGCCCAAAUCUCAGUAUGGUGCGGGGAUUCCAAGCACACAAGCCAAAGAUGCCAAAGCUUCUUAUAAGAAUGCCGUUGAAGAGGGAGGUCCGAAGGCAGCUGCGAGUCCCAAGCUCAUCCAGUCUCAGAGUGAUACUCCGUCACCAUCCAAUGCAUCCAGUCAUACUUCCGAAUAUACACAAGAGGCAGCAUCAAAAUCGGUCAACAUCUCUGGUCCGAUGAACGGGGGUGUGAUCUCAGAUGCUGGACUCUGGGGCAACAAAUCAGUCGGACAUGGCAGCAGCAAAGAACGGGAGCAGAAAAAGCGCACCCUCUUCGAUCACUUCAGAAAGUCCUCGUACGAACAGCUUGCAGCGGCGCCACAAUCGGCUCAGCCCAAGCGAAUUGACCACAACGCUCACCGUGGGGGCCAUGUCAGACCGGUCUUCGGUAUGCAACUUCAAGAGGCUGUAGAGUAUUACUCACCUACCGAUGUGGAUGUAUAUCUACCUGCCGUUGUCUAUCGAUGCAUCGAAUAUCUUCGAGCCAAAAAUGCAGCCAGCGAAGAAGGCCUGUUCCGUCUCAGCGGUUCCAAUAUUGUCAUCCGAGCGCUCAAAGACCGCUUCAAUACCGAAGGCGAUGUGGACUUGUUGACGGAUGAGGAAGAUUACGACGUGCACGCGGUUGCUUCACUUUUCAAGACGUACCUUCGGGAGCUUCCGUCGACCAUCUUGACCCGAGAGCUACACUUAGAGUUCAUCAAAGUUCUUGACUUGCAUGACAAGGCUGAGAAAAUUACCGCAUUCAAUGGCUUGGUUCACCAACUCCCAUCGGCCAACUUUUCGUUGUUGAGGACACUUUCGGCUUAUUUGCUCGAGGUGGUGCAGAAUUCGGAUCGCAACAAGAUGAGUGUGAAGAAUGUUGGGAUUGUCUUCUCGCCCACUCUGAAUAUCCCAGCACCGGUGUUUGCCAUGUUCUUGACCGAGUUCGAGGCUAUCUUCGAAAAGACCAACGACCAAGGAUCAAUCCGUUCGACUGAGAUCGAUCGUGCUGGUGCCUUGACUCCCGAGGAUAUUCGGUCACCUCGUCGAAUGAUGUUUACCGACCUCCCGACGCCAGCAUACAAUCAGAGUAGUUUCUCUCACAACGCGAGCGCGAUGGCGGCAUCUCCGGGUCAAGGUUCGAGUGAUCAUCACAUGGACACCGCCAGUGAUGUUGGCUUUUCACCCAUCCACCCUUCCUACGAAACACGGAGCUACGUAUCAAUUCCACACGAUAUGCCGAUGCAACCGCGUUAUCCACCUCCACAACCACCGUCGGGUAGCCAAAGAUAUGGGGGAUCGAAUAACAUGCUUGUUCCUGAGAACGCGGCCAGCGCCAAGGCCAAGCGACGAGAAAGUGCAAUGCUAUUCAUGUGAAGAUAUUGACGAGAUUACGAGGCGUGGUUGACUCUGGGCCCUUUUUACAAGCAAGCAUCUUGGCCAUUCGGUUGAUUUUUUUUUUCAUGUUAAGAAGCUUUUCCAAAAGCUCAUCUCAUUUUAGAGAUACCCAGGUUUUCGUUCUUUCUAUUCAGCGGGUGGAUGUGUGCGUGGUACUGCGACUGCUAUUGCUACUCAUGUUCAAGUUUGAGCGACAGCGAGGGGCAUUGUGAGCGCUUUAGCAUAUGGAGUAUUGUAGUUCUAUCUGAUGGUGGAUGGAAGGGAAAAGUGGCCGGACAAGCUUCUAUUCUGUUCGUUCUUGUCAAUCACUAAUGAAGGAAAGGGUUUGUUUUUGUUUGAAUUUGUAGUAGAGGAGAAAUUGGAAAAGAAUAUUAUUCUUUCUUGUUUUUUGUCUUUUUUUAGAAAGAAAAGAAGAGACCCAAAAGGGGGGAGGAACCAAAAGACAUGAUGGGAUGGGAAAUGAGUAGGACAAGAGAUGGAUGAUUUAUUUUUUGAGAUGUCAGGAUAAACGGAUUACCAGGUGAUUUAACUCGGUGUCUUGCCUUGCCAUACGUACAGCAUUGGUAGUUAUCUGAGUGGACCUCCCUUUUUGUCUCUCUUCUUCUU